GACAGUAGUGGUGGUACAGAACACAUCACAGACAUCUGCAAAAAAAAAAAAAGAAAAAAACACCCAACUAAAAACGCGGAAAUUGCAGACCUCAUACGAAGCAAUCCGCCAUGGAUGUCGCUCAGAUGCAGAAACAGUUUCUUGAGUUCGUGGCUUAUCUGGGUCGCGAGGGGAUCUUGGAUGGUCAAUUUGCCCAGCUUCAUAGCCUGCAAGAUGAGAGCAACCCAGAUUUUGUGAUUGAGGUUGUUUCUCUGUUCUUCGAGGAUUCUGAGAGGAUCAUCAACCUUUUGGCCGCUGCUCUGCAACAGCAAGUGGUAAAUUUUAAGGAGGCUGAUGCCAUUGCUCACCAGUUCAAGGGCAGCACUUCCAGCAUAGGUGCACAAAGAGUAAAGAAUGCAUGUUUAUGUAUGAAAACGAUGUGUGAUGCGGAGAACCUUGAUGGGAGUUUGCAAUGUCUGCAAGUUAUAAAAAAUGAAUACGCUCUUGUGAAGAGCCAACUCCAAAUCCUUGUGAAUCUGGAGAAGCAAAUCUUGGCUGCUGGUGGGACCAUUCCUAUGUUCUGAAGAUAUUUGCAUUGAUCCAAGCUAGGCUUUGUUUGGAGUGUUCUUUUUUCUUUUCUUUUCUUUUCUUUUCUUUUUUUUGGAUGCAAACAAAGAACUCAUCUAGGGGGCAAGUUUGAAGAAAUUGUGAGCUUGAAUAAGGCCUUCUGCUGGCAUUAUACUCUUCACACUCUGUUUCUCUAUGUUAUUGUGAAUGGAUGCCACUAAUCAAUUACUCUGAAUAUAUUUUAUAAACUGCUCUCCCUCCCUCCAACAAUAAUCUUCUCAUUGCGCG